UGUAAAUGAGGGGAAGAACAACAAAUAAGAGAAGGACCGAAUUCAACGCUCCUGCUCUCUCUCUUUCUCUCAAUUCCAUUUCUCAAUUCCUCCUUCACUUCGUCUCUCACUGUUUCAAAUCCUCCGAUCUCCACCGUCGCCCUACCUCCCCUGAGGCGAAGGAAACAAGGUCUCGGGGCGCUGCCAUGAUUACUCGGUCGAAUCUGGUUGAGCAGUUGAGAGAAUACCAGAUUCGAUCGAAGCACGAGUGGGCUUCCGUCUCCUUAUUUUCAUCUGCCUCCAACAUUACUUCUUCCAGGGUGGAUGUUGUCAUUUUUGUAAUAUGGGAACUCAUUAUUCUAGCGUUCUUGGUCUUUUCGGCAGUGUCUUUAUAUUUUCGACAUAUGCAAUUGGCUUCUAUUUUAGUGUGCAUUACGAUGCUGUUACUUAUAUGCAUGAAAGUUACCAAGCAAGUGAGAUUGGCUAGGAAGAAGAAAAGAAGGAUGCUUCUUCCAUUGUCGAUGUGAAAAGGUAACAACAGUGCAGAGACAUACUAAAGUUUUAUAUGUUGUUUCCAAAUGUCCCAAAUUAUGUUCACAAAAGUUAGAUUUGGUCCUAAAUUUGUUCUAUUGGGAUCUGUAAUGAGCAGGAAAGCAGAUUAUUUGAAAAAUGGAAUGAGAUAUGGGUGAGUUGUUUAGGAGUUUGGCUCAUCUUCUUCUUCUUCUUCUUCUUCUUCUUCUUCAUGGCUUUCCUGUUUUGAUAGUAACAUAUUAUUAUAGUCUGUGGAUUUUGCUGAGGGUUGCAACUGCUAGGGAAUGUGUAAAUGAUGAAUGUAAGGAAAUGAAAAUGGAGAUAUGCUUACUUUGCUU